AUGGCUGUGUUGCGUUUGUUAACUCUCACCGGACAAAAGCUUGCAGGCUUUGUGAUCAAUGACACAGAAAGCCUCGAGGGAGCCACGUUGGAUCCUUUCAGGCAAGCAGUUAACAAGGGAACACAGAUUACCUUCGAGAUAUUAGGGUUAACACAGAGAAAUAACAGCAAUGACACUACAGCUCCUGUUAACGGUGCCUUUAGACGUGACAGGAAAACCCCAGUCACAGGAAGCAUCAACAGGAAUCUGUUGCACAUUUGCAAUGACCCCUUUAUAACCUCUUUACAGCUGUCGUGGGAACUGGAACGCCUUGCAAGGGUCGAGAACGAAUUUAAAGACACUUACCUGGAAUUAAGUGACCAGUGCAAGAAGUACACCUGUGAUUUACUCCACCAGUGUAGGUCGACAGAGGAGGUAAUCGCAGUCCUCAACCGGCGCAGCGAGGAAGACUCAGACGUGUCCGACGACGAGGACGAUCCCGAACGACUCAACCUCUCGAGACUCAAGCUGGCUCUCAAGUACGACCAGAAGCAGUUCGUGGCACACCCGAACUGCCAGCAACUCCUGACCUCGGUGUGGCACGAGGGCCUCCCGAUCUGGCGCCGCCGGAACGCAGUCGUGAAAAUCCUGCUGUGUCUCUCCAUCAUCAUUUGCAUGCCUGUUAUUGCUGUCAUCUACCUCAUCUUCCCGAGGACGCAGCUCGGGAGGGUCAUAAGGUCACCUUUCAUGAAGUUCAUCUAUCACAGCGCCUCCUUCGGGAUUUUCCUCCUGCUGCUCGUCCUGGCCUCGACGAGAACCGAAGGGAGCGAGAGACACCGCAGGAACAUACGGGGACCUGCGCCUACGUUUGUGGAAUGGCUGAUCUUCUUCUGGGUCACUGGCAUGGGAGAAACCAGCAUAAAGGAAUCUUCAAAAGCCUCACUGAUCACGGAAGUCCCCCGCUCCCAGUGGCCUACCAACGACCCCACCCUCAUAGCCGAAGGGGUUUUCGCCGUUGCCAACGUCUUCUCCUUCGCCAGGAUCAUCUACCUGUUUCAGACGAAUCCUCAUCUCGGGCCGUUACAGAUCUCGCUAGGAUGCAUGAUCAUAGAUAUCGCCAAGUUCCUGUUCAUCUUCUUCCUGGUGUUAACGAGUUUCGCCUGCGGUCUGAACCAGCUUUAUUGGUACUACGAUCCUCCGAGCAGCUCGUGUGAUAUCUCCACGGGAGAGGGCAGCUGUAGUGGCUCUGACGCCUUCAACACUGACAGCGGAGAAUACAUGGGAAGCUUCAAGACGAUUGACAAGUCCUACACCUCCCUACUUUGGUCUCUGUUCGGCGUCAUUCCCCUGAAAGAACUGUCAGCCCGCCAGGAUCAGCUGUUCACCGACAUCAUGGGUCAUUCUCUCCUCGGAGCCUACCUCAUCACGGCCAUUACAGUAAUGGUCAACAUGCUCAUUGCAAUGAUGAGUCGGUCUUUCCAGAUCGUUGAGCUUGAAACUCAUAGACCUAAAGUACUCACUGCCAUCAGGUUUUGCUUUAAAGCAGAUGAGUUGGACGUGACAUUUGCAACGCUCUUUUGGUCCCUCUUUGGCAUCAGUUCUCCUAAGAGUACGGAUCUCGAGGAGGAGCAUGAGUUUAUUGAGACUGUCGGCCAGGGACUCUUCAUGGCCUACCACGUCAUGUCCAUCAUUGUCCUCAUUAACAUGCUCAUAGCUAUGAUGUCUAACAGUUUCCAACAAAUCGAGACAAAUCCCCCCUCACCCCCCUCACCCCCCUCACCCCGCCCCCUACACCCAACCCCAACUAUAAACCUCCCAAUUCCAACCUUCCGGGACGCUGCUCUCUCGCCCCCACAGGACCACGCGGACCAAGAAUGGAAAUUCGCGCGUUCGAAGCUCUGGAUGAGUUAUUUCGACCCCGGUUCGACCCUCCCGGCGCCCUUCAACCUCAUUAUCAGUCCGAAGGCGAUAUUCUACUUCCUCCGCGCCGUCAAGAGGUGCCUCCAGAGCAUAUGUUCGAGGCGGGGCCGGCGAAGAGGCAAGAGGAAGAGCUUUUCCAUGGAGAAAGGGGCGUUGCAGGGCGGUCCUCCUGUGAAAAUAAGCCAAGCCAACAAAUACGCAGAAGUGAUGAGGCGACUCGUCUCUCGCUACAUCCACCAGACCAAGAAACAGCAUCGCCAAGACGGAGUCAACGAGGACGACCUGUUGGAGAUCAAGCAGGACAUUUCGAGUCUGAGGUACGAACUCCGAGAAGACAGAAAACGGGAAACGGCUCGAGCUUACGGCCAGAUGGACUCGAUCAAGAAAGAUAUCUUACGCCUCCUGAAGCAGAGUGGGCGUGGGUCAACCAGUGGGCGUGGCUCGGCAGGGAACAGUGGGCGGAGCGAGGCGGAGGGCGGGGCUGUAGGCGGGACCUCCACCAACCCUAUCGUUGUGACCACGCCUCCCUCUGCUACGUGCCUUGCCUGUGCCCAGCAGACUGUUAAUACUUCCGCCACCCCAGCGAUAGGCCUCGGCGCCCAAGGGAUCCUACAGCAGCACUCCGUCGACCUCGGCAUGCUAGGCAGGGAACCCAACGCGACGUCCGUGGAUAUCACAGUCACCCCUGCGUCGUCUCUGCCUUGUAAUCUCACGUAUUCCCAGGGGAAUCUGACGGGAUGCUUGCUGGCGCCGCAGGAGAUGGACUACUUGAGGAAGGAGAUUGUUAGCAGUCUGAGGAGCGAGUUACGAGAGAUGUUGAGAGACGCCCUCACUCGCGCCCUCACGCCCACCACUACGGUAGCGCAUCAGUACUAUUCUCCUACGCCCACGCCCAACCCCACGCCACAGUUCGUCACUACGCCCACAUCGCAGAUGGUCGCCCCGCCCUUCCCGUCGGCGUCCUCGCCCCAGCAGCAGCAGCAGAGGCGCCCGUCGACGCCCCAGCCCCAGGCCCUCCCGCCCAGCUCGAGUCCGCCGUUCCCGCCGGCUGUCCCUUCCACCUCCCAGAAUCCCGUCAUGUCCCCGCAGUCGCCCACGUCGCAGCUGCCCCUCUACACCCAUAUCCGGGUCUCGGGGUCCCUGAGCGACCCCAUGGGCCAGCGGCAGGACCCAAAGGCGUUGUCGUCCUCGAGCGCAAGUCCUUCGCCGAGGUCCAGCCCGGGGCCGCCCCCGCCGUGCCAGAGGUCCAACUCCAGCUGCGGACUGACUCAGCGAUCGCAGGGAGGAGCGCAGACCGUCAGUUCAUCAGCGAAGACAAGUGCCAACAACCAGGUUCUUCUCCGCCCACCCAAUGACUCCGACCGCGUACAUACACACAUGUACACACAGCUGCUGUGGAAGGCCGUACUGGGUUGGACUCCCGCAGGUCUCACAACUACAGCCAUCGAGAUUGACCUGUGUGUCAGUGUACGCAUUCUGACUGGCUUUUGUACAAGACCCAUCAUCUAUGGCUAUGAUCACCUUCCUAGCAAGAGACUACAGCUCGCUACUCCUUUGCAUGCAAUCUGCUCUUUUGUAGAUGGUCUUUAUCCACCCAGUCCGUCUAGACCAGACACUCACCACGACUGCUUCGGGAGCGGCGGAGUCAUUGUUUAG